AUGAGUUCACCAGCAAGAAGACGUCUGAUGCGUGAUUUCAAAAGAUUGCAAAAUGAGCCCCUGAUUGGAAUGACUGGAGCACCCUCGACGGACAAUAUUAUGCUCUGGAACGCGGUUAUUUUCGGUGUAAGUGAAGACACUCCUUUCGAGGAUGGGACCUUUAAAUUAACCUUAGAAUUCUCAGAAGAAUAUCCGCAUAAACCACCAAUUGUAAGAUUUACUUCAAGAGUGUUCCAUCCGAAUGUCUAUGGGGAUGGUCGAAUUUGCCUAGAUAUCUUGCAGAAAAAGUGGAGCCCCACUUAUGAUGUUUCAUCUAUCCUGACUUCAAUACAAAGUUUGUUGGGCGAACCCAACCCAAAUUCUCCAGCUAAUUCUGUGGCUGCACAAUUAUACAAAGAAAAUAGAAGUGAAUAUGAAAAACGUGUCAGGGAAAGUGUGGAACAAAGCUUUUCUGAACACGGCGAUCAAUAUUCGCACCACAUAGAUUUGGAUGCUGUCGAUUGA